AAAACACUCCGCGUGACUCGCGGCUCCCGGCGCAGCGGGAGCGCGGGAGGUGGGCGAGCCCCGCCGGUCCAGCGGAACGAACCAACGCGCCGUCCACCAGGGGCGGCAUGCGGGCAAGCCAGAUCGCACCACCCGCGCCACAGCUGCAGGGGCGGGGCCCGGCCGUUACCAACCCGCGUGGAGAGGACGGGGGGCGCCAGCCUGAGUCCGAGGCACCGCGACCCUUCGAGGAGGGCGCGAGACGCCGCCGCCGCCGCCGCCCGCGCUGAAGGACCGCGCUGAGGCGACAGAGGAGGUGCCAAGCUCUCCUGAUGAAAUGUGUUCUGCCCCACUGGGCUCCGGGGGCAGUGUCUGGUGCUGUUGAUGCCCUUGUUCGAACUUUCCAGAAUGGAUAGUCCCCCCAAGCUGUCUGGAGAAACCCUUAUCGUCCACCACAUCCCCCUGGUGCACUGUCAGGUUCCAGACCGGCAGUGCUGUGGCGGGGCGAGUGGAACAAGUGGGGGCACGAGACCCCAUCCGUUCUGUCCACCUGAGCUAGGCGGCCCCCAGACUGAUCAGGACCUGGGCCAGGCCGACUCCCUGCUCUACAGCAGCCUCCGCUCCGCCCCGGGGGGAACCACACGCUCUGCAGACAGUGCCAAGAGCAGGGCUCGGGAUGGAAGGGGCACCGGGGGUCCCAGAAGACACAAUCCCUUCUUGCUGCAGGAGGGUGUGGCCGAGCCAGGCCUGGAUGACCUGUAUGAUGACAGCAUGGCUGACGGUGACCCCCAGCAGUCCUUCCACCUGCAUGAGACUGGCCAGCCCACCUUCCAUCUGUCCUCGUUCCAGUUGCCACCAUCUGGCCCCAGAGUGGUCAGGCCCUGGGGGGCAACACACAGCCGAACGGGAGUGGUAGAAGGCCAGGAGCAAGAGCCAGUUGCCACCUUGAAUGCCCAGCGGUGCAGUACUAACCACUGCUGCCAGCCAGAGCUGGACACAGAGACGAUGGAGUUGGACGAGUGUGGAGGGCCUGGCGGGAGUGGCAGUGGCGGCGGAGCCAGUGACACCUCUGGCUUCUUUGAGCAGGAAUGGAAGCUCAGUUCAGAUGAGUCGCCCCGGAACCCCAGAUACUCUGGCUCAGGGCCCCAGCACUGCCGCUGCAGCAGCACGUCUAGCCAGUCGGAGGCAGCCGACCAGUCCAUGGGCUACGUGAGCGACUCUUCAUGCAACAGCUCCGAUGGGGUGCUGGUCACCUUCAGCACCCUCUACAACAAGAUGCACGGCAGCUCCCGGGCCAAUCUCAACUCUGCCCCGCAGUCCUGCAGUGACUCCUCUUUCUGUAGCCACUCGGACCCCGGAGCCUUCUACCUGGACCUACAGCCCUCCCCAGCAGAGUCGAAGAUGUCUUGCGAGUCCCACCACCCUGACAGCGGAGAGAGGGAAGGCAGCUACGGCUGUCCUCACGCCUCCUCGCCUGAGCUCGAUGCCAACUGCAACUCCUACCGCCCACACUGUGAGCCAUGCCCAGCUGUGGCUGACCUCACCGCUUGCUUCCAGAGCCAGGCCCGUCUGGUUGUAGCCACACAAAAUUACUAUAAACUUGUCACCUGUGACCUAUCCUCCCAAUCCUCCCCAAGCCCGGCAGGCUCUUCCAUCACCAGCUGCUCUGAGGAACACACCAAGAUUAGCCCUCCACCUGGCCCUGGCCCAGCCCCGGCCCCAGACCCUAACCAGCCCUCCGAGUAUUACCUAUUCCAGAAGCCAGAAGCCCAGUCAGAGGACCAGGAAGCAGUGGGAUCCACAGCCGAAGCAGCCGCUCCUGUGAGCCCAACUGUGAUCGAGGGACAAGUCUACACCAAUACGUCGCCCCCUAACCUUAGCACAGGACGCCAGCGCUCACGAAGCUACGAUCGCAGCCUUGAGCGUAGCCCUCCAGUCCGCCUCGGCUCACUGGAACGCAUGUUGAGUUGCCCUGUGCGCCUGAGUGAGGGCCCUGCCACCCUGGCAGGGCCUGGCUCCCCACCCAGGCGAGUCACCUCUUUUGCCGAGCUUGCCAAGGGCCGGAAGAAAGCCGCAGGAUCUGGCUCCCCGCCACUUCGAGUGAGCAUUGGGGACUCCUCCCAGGAGUUCUCACCUAUCCAGGAAAACCACCAGGAUAAGGUGGGCCCGCUGAACGAGGGCACUCACUGUAGCCAUAGCCUGCCCCCCAUGCCUUUGGGGCCAGGCUUGGACCUAGUCAGCCAAGACCCUUGGGCCAUCCAGGUUUGUCAGGGCCCCCAGUCUAAUGAGAUGCCAUCUGCUGGCCUCAGAGCUGCUGGACAAGAUACACUGGGCCAACUAUUGGAGCCAGAGCCUGCUCUCCCAGGGAGCCCAGCCAACAGCCAUACCCAGAGGGAUGCACGAGCUAGAGCUGACGGGGGGGGUGCUGAGAGCAGACCAGUUCUUCGCUACAGCAAGGAGCAGAGGCCAACCACGCUGCCCAUCCAGCCCUUCGUGUUCCAGCACCACUUCCCCAAGCAGCUGGCCAAGGCCCGGGCCCUCCACAGCCUGUCCCAGCUCUACAGCCUCUCUGGUUGCAACCGUGCACAGCAACCAGCGCCCCCGGCUGCUCAAGCCCAGCCCCCAGCGACAUCAGGAGACUCCCAGGCACCUGCCAGCCGGGGGGCCAGGAAAGCGGGGCCCGAGCCAGAAACUUCACGGCCGUCCCCCCUGGGUAGCUAUUCCCCCAUCCGGAGUGUGGGUCCCUUCGGACCCAGCACCGACUCUUCUGCCUCCACUUCGUGCUCACCACCCCCUGAGCAGGCCACUGAAAACCCCCCGCCAUGGAGCCACUCCUGCCCCGGCCGCCCGGCCACCACACAGCAGCCACAGAAAGAGGAGCAGAAGGUCCUGACCUUGACUGAGUACCGACUCCAUGGACCAGGAAGCCUGCCGCCACUGGGCGCCUGGAGAUCCACGCUCGGCCGAGCAGAGAGCCUGGCCCGCGCAGGUGGCGAGGGCAGCAUGGCCUCCAGGCCCAGUAAUGCCAACCACCUGUCCCCUCAAGCGCUCAAGUGGCGGGAAUACAGGAGAAAGAAUCCACUCGGGCCCCCUGGUCUGUCAGGGAGCCUGGACCGGAGGCCACAGGAAGCGCGGCUGGCCCGGAGGAACCCCAUAUUUGAGUUCCCUGGCUCCCUCAGUUCUGGCCAUCUGAACUGCCGAUUGAAUGGCCAGAUAGGAAAGCCAUUACCACUGACGUGCCCUGACUUCCAGGACCCCUUUUCCCUGACCGAGAAGCCCCCAGCUGAAUUCUGUCUGUCCCCAGAUGGCAACUCGGAGGCCGUUUCCAUUGACCUGCUUCAGAAAAAAGGGCUGGUGAAAGCCGUCAACACUGCGGUCGACCUCAUCGUGGCGCAUUUCGGCACCAGCCGGGACCCUGGCGUGAAGGCCAAGCUGGGGAACAGUUCUGUGAGCCCCAACGUCGGCCACCUGGUCCUGAAGUACCUGUGCCCCGCGGUCCGCGCCGUGCUGGAGGACGGGCUCAAGGCCUUUGUGCUCGACGUCAUCAUUGGGCAGCGGAAGAACAUGCCAUGGAGUGUGGUUGAGGCGUCCACACAGCUAGGACCAUCCACGAAAGUCCUCCAUGGCCUCUACAACAAGGUCAGCCAGUUCCCAGAGCUCACCAGCCACACCAUGCGCUUCAACGCCUUCAUCCUGGGCCUGCUCAACAUCCGGUCCCUGGAGUUCUGGUUCAACCACCUCUAUAACCAUGAAGAUAUCAUCCAGACCCAUUACCAGCCCUGGGGCUUCCUGAGCGCCACGCACACCGUGUGCCCCGGCCUCUUCGAGGAGCUGCUGCUGCUGCUGCAGCCACUGGCCCUGCUGCCCUUCAGCCUCGACCUGCUGUUCCAGCACCGGCUGCUGCAGAGCGGGCGGCAGCAGCAGCAGCGCAAGGAGCUGCUGCGGGAGUCGCAGGACCUGCUGCUGUCUGCACACUCCACGCUGCAGCUGACCCGCGCCCGGGGCCAGGAGGGCCCUGGGGACAUGGACCGGGCUGGUGAUGGGGAGCGGGUGAAGGGGGUCGGCGCCCCAGAAGGUGGAGAAGACGAGGAAGAGGAAGAAGCGGAGGAGGCCGCAGCGGCCGCUGGGAGCUCAGGCCGCGGCAGGGGGGCCCGAGGCGGGCAGACAGGCUGGUGGUAUCAGCUCAUGCAGAGCUCCCAGGUGUACAUCGAGGGCUCUGCAGAAGGUUCUAGGUUCCCCCGUGGGGGCAGCAGCAGUGAGAAAAAGAAAGGCACAGGCGGCGGGGGACCACCACCCCGAGAGGGAGUCGUGGAGGGGGCUGAGGCCUGCCCUGCCCCCGAAGAGCCCCUUGUCCGGGACCGGGGCUGGCCCUUCUGGAUGGGGAGCCCCCCGGACUCGGUGCUCGCUGAGCUGAGGCGCAGUCGGGACCGGGAGGGGCCCCCUGCGCCCCCAACAGGAAACGAGGAAGGAGCCUCAGAGCCUUCUCCUGGGGGCAUCAAGUGGGGGCACCUCUUUGGGUCUCGAAAGGCUCAACGUGAGACCCGGCCCACCAACAGGCUCCCCUCAGACUGGCUGAGCCUGGACAAGUCCAUGUUCCAGCGAAUGGCGCAGACGGUGGGUGCAUUCCGGGAGCCCCCCGAGCCCAAGGAGUGCCCACAGGAGCCGCACUCCCCAGCCCCGCCCGCCAAGCCUCCCUGUGAGGUGAAGGCGCUAUGCCACCAUCUGGCCACCGGCCCAGGACAGCUGAGCUUCCACAAGGGGGACGUCCUGCGGGUCCUGGGACCAGCUGGAGGAGACUGGCUGCGCUGUAGCCGGGGCCCCGACACCGGCCUGGUGCCGCUGGCCUAUGUCACCUUGACCCCGACUCCAAGUCCAACCUCUGGAAGCAGCCAAAACUGAGGUCCUGUGCAUGCUGGUGACCUCAGGGACCCUCGUAACCCUCAGACUCGGGGCCUAAGAGCCCUUCCCCCGCCCUCUGGCUCGCUCCAGAGAGCAGUGGGAGCAGGGGCACGUAGUCCUGUACUCAGUAUUAAUUCUCCCGGGACUGUCCCGGGGCCCUUGCCUGGCCCCCCACCCAGGGAGGCAGGGAAGGCAGGAGGCCCUGGGUACCCGGGAUUCCCUGAUCCAGGGGGCCAGCACGUCCAUGGGUGCAGACGAGCACCUCCCGAUACAGGGAGGCGACCGGAAGGCCUGUUUUCAGAGUUCCCUUGGCCAGGUGGCAAGGAGGAUGGGUGACAGUAUUGGGGCCGGAUUCCUCAGCCCCAGAGCUGUGAAUGGGCCGUGACCAGUGCCUGGUGGCCAGAAGGAUGAGGAAGAGCCCAGGCUUCUGUUUAUGUACUUAUUUAUUUAUUUAUUACACCUAUUAAUAAAAAAGGUGCUCGGCCUCCAAA